AUGACAGCUGUUCAAGAGAUCAUCAAUGAAGUCUUGGAGAAGCUGGAAGAAAGCCAAGUCCCAAUGACUGAUUAUACCCUCAAAUCAUCAGGGGCUGCUGUCAUUCCUGAAUACACAAGUCCAUCUUUCUGAAAUACAGCAGAUAAAAUUAUCUUGCAUUCCCUGCCAGUGCUGGAUUAUGUGAGGUGUCCUGAGUUUAUUCUUGAGAAGGAAAAUAAUCUAGGAAACUGCUGGCCCUUCCAUGGAAGUCAAGGACAGGUCCUCAUCAAGCUCUCUGUGCCAAUCAUUCCCAGAGGUCAUGUCUCAGGGACGAUGCUCCAUGGAGACAGUAUCUCCAGUGCUCCAAAGGUUGCUGUCUAUGGCGUGAUGGAAGAACAGGAGGAGCAGUUACUGGGACAGUUCACUUUCCUGGUGCCGCUGAAUCCCAGUCAGACCUUUCAGCUGAAGAACGUGCUCUCUGGGUUUGUGAAUUACAUCAUGCUGCAAGUGCUGAGCAACUGGGGCCACCCAGACUACACCUGCCUAUAUUGACUCAGGGUGCACAGUGAUCCUCCAAAUGACAUGGGGAAGGUGUCACUUUGA